AUGUCGCUUGAGAGCAAAAAGGUUGUGCUUCGAGAGAAACGCAUCGAAGACGCUCUUGACGAUUACACCUGGCGUGUUGACGAUGAGCUUGCGAAGCUGGAUGCCACCCGGCCGCUCAAUAUGGCGUACAACGACUUUCUGCGCUACUCGCAGGAAGAGAUUGACUUCCCUAGCUCGCGCUCCAAGCGCUUCGGCAUAGACGAUCUCACCGGCAAGCACAUCGGCAACUGCAUGUACUACGAUAUAGACACGCGCCGCCACGAGACCGAGCUAGGCAUAAUGAUUGGCGAUCGCGCGUAUUGGAGCAAGGGCUACGGCACCGACGCCGUGGACACGCUGUUGAAGUAUAUCUUCACGCAGACGAAUAUGAAGCGCGUCUAUCUGCACACGCUAGACUGGAACCAGCGCGCGCAGAAGUCCUUCGGCAAGUCGGGCUUUCGGCAGAUCAAGCAAGUGCGCAAGCGCGGCUUGGACUUCAUCCAGAUGGAGAUACUACGCCCCGAAUGGGAGGAGAUUUACGGCUCGAACGGGAAUUAG